UCUGUAUGCAGUUAUGCACUCCGAACUCAAUCGCUUUUUUGACGGUGUGAACUUCCUAGGACGCCGUCGUUCAGAAGAAACAUGGAGCUCAGGGAAAGAAAGUUGUUUCGCGAGUAAAGGUGUUGAGAAAAUGAAUAUGGAGGAUUUAAAAACAUCUCUGGAGAGCUGCUAAUUUUCAGAUGACUUAAGGAGUAAGACCUAAAUAUCCAACCUCUAUCCACAAUGACUUCUGGGGAGUCAGGCAAAGAGGUGGACAUGUGGUCCUCCAUCCGCAUCCUGGGUUACCUGUCCAGCGUCAACCUGCUGGUGGCAGUAUGUCUGGGCAUGUACGUGCGAUGGGAGCUCACAGCCGAACCAACAAUACUGGUCAUCUUCAUCCUAGGCCUCUUUGUCUUGGGCAUCUCCAGCAUCCUGUAUUACUACUUCUCUAUGGAAUGGGCCAGCUUGAGUUUGUUCCAUCUUUGGUUUGGCUUCCUUCAGGGCCUCCUGUGUUUCCUUAACAGCCCUUUAUUGGAGAAGGACAUAAAAGAGCAAGUGACAAACUAUCUGCUGCUGGCCAGCGUCGCUGUGCGCUCUCUGUGGGCUCUGACAGAGCGCAUAUGUGGCAGCAUCACCACCCGAAGAGUUGUCCUCACGUCAGCCGAGGGACUUGAACUACUUGGCUUUGGAAUAGCCAGCACUGCCAUGGUUCUCAGCAAAUCAGGAGCCAUCAUUACCCUUCUGGUUGCCUUAGGGGCCAUCAUCGUAGACCUGCGCAUGAAGUCUCUGUUGGCGCUCACUAAUCUCAUCUUCUUUUCAGUAGUCACCUCUUUCACCUUCUUCCAGGCUUUAAAAGUCCAGGCCAACCCAUUUGCUCUGGGCUGCUAUCUGGGGCGACUUAUUUGUGAGCCACUGCUGGACGUUUACUUUAGUGGACUUUCGGUAACCGAGCGCUGGAUGCCCUUUCUGUCAUGCCGUGGGCUGUGGCGGAGGCUCUCUCUUUUCCCUUUGAGCAUAGUGGAGCUAACGUUCUUUGUGCUCUGUUCCCUGAAGCUGGGGCAGCUGGAAAUCUGGUAUCUGGUCAUCCCUGGCUUCUGUGUGUUUGGCCUCUUCUGGAUACUGUGCCACAUAGUGUUCCUCAUCACGCUUUGGGGCUUCCAUACCAAGCUAAGUGAGUGCCAGAGGGUCAAAGCCACUCAGCGGUCAGAAACACGCACUCUGGACAGGAUCAUGGCUUCCAGAGGGAUGCGCCAUUUCUGCCUCAUCUCACAACGACUGGUGUUCUUCAGCCUACUCUCAACUGCCAUCCUAGGAGCUGUGUCAUGGCAGAUGUCCAACGCACUCUUCAUGAGCAUGUUUCUGGUGGUGCUGUCUCUCGAGUCUUUGGCGCACGGACUGUUCCAUGAGUUGGGAAAUUGCCUGGGAGGAACCUGUGUGGGUUAUGCUGUAGUUAUUCCUACCAGCUACUGCAGCGUGGAUGGACAGCCGGUACUGCUUCCUCCAGAACAGGUGCAAGCGCUAAACCUGCGUUCCACAGCAACACUCAAUGCCAUUCAGCGCCUCUUCUCGCACCACCUGAUCCAGACAUUUGGGUGUGAUUACUCUACCAGUGGCAUGAGUCUGGAGGCACUGCAGGCUAAACUGCGUUCUUUCCUGGAGCUGCACACCGCUGAUGGUCCCCGCCAUGAUACAUACCUCAUCUACUACAGCGGCCACACACUGACCACAGGAGACUGGGCACUCACAGGUGGGGAAAGCAUGCGACUGGAGCAGCUUCUCGAUUGGUGGAGGGAACGCAACGUGGGCUUCUCCUCCCGCCUCAUUCUGGUGCUGGACACCGAAAACUCAGGGCCAUGGGUAAAGGCUGUCCGAAAGGUGGAAGGGCUCUACGUGGCUAUACAAGGAGCCGAGUUAAAUUCAGCAGGUGAUGUGGAAAGUGUAGACACCCCCCGCCCUGGAGACUUCACCUCUGAAUGGGUGGAGUACAACUGUGACCCAGAGAGUGGUGUGCAGUGGGCGGAGACAGGCCGUCGCAUCACAGCCAUAUAUGGCGUGUCUAAGUCCUGGAGCGACUACAGGCUCCACCUGCCCACAGGGAGCGAUGUGGCAAAGCACUGGAAGACCUACUUCCCCACGGCCACCUACCCACUGGUUUCUGUAGCCAACUGGUGCUGUGGGCUCAAUCUGCUGUGGCUGUGCAGUGCCUGCCUACGUUGCUUCAGAAGACUAAAACUGGGCUGGUUUCCUCCUGCCGUCCUCGACACUGGGCAGGGGAUCAAACUGGUACGAUCGUAGACAUAAGACAAAGACUUCUUUCAUUAUAUAUUGUCAUAUAAAAUAUGUGCCAUAUGUGCCUUAUGUUA